UUCAAUGCCAUUAUUGCACUCUCCCUCUCUCUCUCUCUCUCUCUCUCUCUCUCUCUCUCCGAUCUUGCCUACAACUCCAUUUCAAUUUUCUGCAACAAGUUUCCAACAAUCCAUUCUUUCAUGGGUUUUUUGUUUUUUUUUUUCUAAGGACUUCAUCACUUCUGCAGUAUGCUGCAUGAAAGCUUGUAGAGGGAAAAUAAUGGACAGUUGAAGUUGAAAGAAAGUGGGGGUGUGUGCAUGGCUUCAAAUGUGUCGUAGUGUGUGUUGUUUGAUCCAAAACGCUGCAGAAACUGAUCUCUCUUGUUCAGUUUCGUUGCCGAGUUCCCAGUUCUCUGGGACAAAAGAGAACUGGAUUGAAUUUCUCUCAUGGGUUGUCCUUGAGAGGAAUAGCAGAAGAAGGGUUUAGGUAAUGAGUUUUUGUCUGAGGUUGAAUAAACUCCUCUCUGAGUAGGGAUUUCUGGCAUUUUCUUUUCAUUAUCUGGAUAUUGGUGAGUUUGGCUGUCCAAGAAAAAGGUUCUCAUAUGUGGGUUUUUAUUACAUCUUCUUGAUAUUGCUGUUUUCCUUUCUCUUCAACUGUGGAAAAUGAACUGUAAAGGAGUUUCAGUGUUAUAGAUAAAUGUCAGCAGAAGAACAAGUUUCCUUUCCAUUGUGUAGUUUUUAAUAUUUUUUUUUUAAUAUUUUUUUUUUCUGGUUGAAGAACCACAGUUAUCUUUUUUUCUCAUCUGGGGUUUGGAGCAAGAAAGCAGAAUGCAAUUCAGGAGUACUAGAUUUCCCCUCUAGCUGUUCCGUUGGUGGACAUUUGAUUGUCUUUGAACAGUGGACUUAGGGUUCUGUAAUGGGAAUUUCUAGGAGUUUGUUGGAACAUUUUCUCAACUGGGUCUUGAAGAUCCAAACAUCGCAAGCUGUAUUUCUUGUACAAAUUAGAGUCUUAGUGGUGUUCUCAAAUUUAUGGUGGUUAGUUUCAGGCCUAGGUUCCAUGUCUUCCAUAGCCAUUUCAUAUGGUGAGAAUGGCCCUGUUUUCUGUGGUCUAAAAUCAGAUGGGUCUCAUCUUGUGACUUGUUAUGGAUCAAAUUCUGCUAUAAUCUAUGGAACCCCUGCCCAUUUCCCCUUUAUGGGACUAACCGCCGGGGACGGCUUCGUAUGUGGGCUUUUAGUGGAUUCUAACCAGCCUUACUGCUGGGGAAGUAGUCGUUAUGUUCAAAUGGGUGUUCCUCAACCCAUGAUCAAAGGGGCUGAGUACUUAGAAAUUAGUGCAGGCGAUUACCAUUUAUGUGGAUUGAGAGAACCCUUGACGGGAAGGCUUAGGAACUAUUCUCUUGUAGAUUGUUGGGGGUAUAACAUGACUAGAAGCUAUAGGUUUGAUGGGCAGUUGCAGUCCAUCUCUGCUGGGUCAGAGUUCAACUGUGGAUUGUUUUCUCAAAAUAGAACUGUUUUCUGUUGGGGGGAUGAAACUAGUAGCCGGGUAACGAGCUUAAUCCCUCAAGAAAUGAGGUUCCAGAAGAUUGCAGCUGGUGGGUACCAUGUUUGUGGCAUUUUGGAGGGGGUUAACUCAAGAGUUUUUUGUUGGGGGGGAAGGAGUUUGGACAUUGAGGAAGAAAUAUCUACUGCAUACACUGGACAAGGCAAUGUAGACUUGGCUCCAAAAGAUCCAAUGCUUUCAGUUGUGGGGGGGAAAUUUCAUGCUUGUGGAAUCAGGAGCUCGGAUCGUGGGGUGACUUGUUGGGGUUUUCGUGUCAAGACAAGUACUCUACCUCCUGAUGGCAUUAAGGUGUAUGAAAUUGCAGCUGGGAAUUAUUUCACUUGUGGAAUCCUUGCUGAGAAAUCUCUCCUUCCUGUUUGCUGGGGUCUCGGGUUUCCCUCAUCGCUCCCUUUAGCUGUAUCUCCUGGGCUUUGCACCCCUAGUCCUUGCCUUCCAGGGUUCUAUGAAUUUAACCAUGAAAGCCCGCCUUGCAAGUCUCUAAAUUCUCAUGUCUGCUUGCCCUGCAGCAGUGCCUGCCUGGAUGACAUGUACCAGAAAGCUGAAUGCACUUUGAAAUCUGAUCGACAGUGUGAAUUUAACUGCUCAGGCUGUUACUCAGCUGAAUGCUUCUCGAAUUGUUCUUCUUCCUCUUAUGCAAAUGCCAUAACAGGAAGGAAAACUGAAAGGUUUUGGUCACUACAAUUGCCUGUAGUUGUAGCAGAGAUUGCUUUUGCUGUGUUCUUGGUCAGCAUUGUGUCUUUAACCACAAUUCUAUAUGUUCGCUACAAGUUGAGGAACUGUCGGUGUUCAGACAAAGGAUUGAAGUCCAAGAAAGGCAAAGCUAAUGGUUCUUCUUUCCAGAAUGAUAACAGUAAGAUCCGGCCUGACUUGGAUGAGCUUAAGAUCAGAAGAGCUCAGACCUUCACCUAUGAUGAACUUGAGAGAGCCACAGGCGGGUUCAAGGAAGAAUCUCAAGUGGGAAAGGGAAGCUUUUCGUGCGUUUUCAAAGGGGUUUUGAAGGAUGGCACAGUGGUUGCAGUUAAAAGGGCUACAAUGUCUUCUGACAUGAAGAAGAAUUCCAAGGAGUUCCAUACCGAGCUUGACCUCCUAUCGAGAUUAAACCAUGCUCAUUUGCUUAAUCUGCUUGGCUAUUGUGAAGAAGGUGGGGAAAGGCUUCUGGUUUAUGAGUUCAUGGCACAUGGGUCCUUACACCAGCAUCUCCAUGGGAAGAACAAGGCCCUAAAAGAGCAAUUGGAUUGGGUAAGAAGGGUCACCAUUGCAGUGCAGGCAGCUCGGGGAAUUGAGUACUUGCAUGGUUAUGCCUGCCCGCCUGUGAUUCAUCGAGACAUCAAGUCAUCAAACAUCCUCAUUGAUGAAGAACACAAUGCCCGUGUUGCUGAUUUCGGUCUUUCAUUGUUGGGACCUGCUGAUAGUGGCUCCCCACUGGCCGAGCCCCCAGCUGGGACUUUUGGGUACCUUGAUCCUGAGUACUAUAGACUUCACUACCUUACAACCAAAUCCGAUGUUUACAGCUUUGGUGUACUACUUCUGGAAAUCUUAAGUGGGCGAAAAGCCAUUGAUAUGCAGUUUGAUGAGGGGAACAUAGUUGAAUGGGCUGUUCCUCUGAUCAAAUCUGGAGACAUAUCAGCCAUUUUGGAUCCAGUUCUGAAGCCCCCAUCUGACCUUGAAGCGUUGAAAAGGAUCGCAACAGUGGCCUACAAAUGUGUGAGAAUGAGAGGGAAAGAGAGGCCAUCAAUGGACAAAGUAACAACAGCUCUGGAACGAGCGCUUGCACAAUUGAUGGGCAGCCCAUGCAACGAGCAACCGAUCUUGCCAACUGAGGUGGUACUGGGAAGUAGUAGACUGCACAAGAAAUCCUCUCAGAGAUCAUCAAACCAGUCAGUCUCAGAAACCGACGUUGCAGAAGCAGAAGAUCAAAGAUUUGAGUUCAGAGCUCCAUCAUGGAUAACUUUCCCCAGUGUUGCUUCCUCCCAGAGAAGGAAGUCCUCAGUUUCUGAAGCAGAUGUUGAUGGGAAAAACCUGGAAGCAAGAAACUUAGGCAGUGGAGGAAAUGGCGGUGACGGGCUGAGAAGCUUGGAGGAGGAGAUUGGGCCUGCUUCUCCUCAAGAAAACUUGUUCUUGCAGCACAACUUCUAGACAAAGAUGAACCAAAAAAACAUCCAUGGCAGUGAGUGAAAAGGGCUUCAAACUCUUGGUUCAUCGUGGCAAGUUCAGGGUUCAGGUUUGGGUUCUUGGGAGGAAGAAAGUGUAGAAGGAAGGGAAAGAUGUGAUUUUCUGAAUUGCUACUAGUACUACAACUACAACUGCUGCUGCAGCUACCACUACUUCCUCAUGCUGUUGUAUUAUCAAUUAUGUAACUGUUGAGCUAGUUCUUUCUUGUAUUCAAUUCUGAUAAUUUAUGAUUUUACCUUCUCUGGGAAAGUAGUUUUCUGCAUAACUUGCAUUCUUUUGUGUUGUAACUUCUAAUCACUUGUCUCCUUUGUAGUUCAUUGUGUGUUGGCUAAUUAGCUAUUUUCUGGGCAGUUUGUUUUCA